GGUUAUCCACUCUGCAAGCUGUGCUGGAUUCCGCUGCUGAAAAGAAAUGGCAAGUGACUGCCAUCAAUGUGGGAAACAUUAACAAUGACAAGAAAGAUGAGACCUACCGAUCGCUUUUUCAAGAUCUAGAGUUAAAAAAAGAACGGCGUGUAAUCCUGGACUGUGAACGGGAUAAAGUAAACGACAUUGUGGACCAGAUUUAUGGAGAAAAAUUAGUUUCUCUGACAGUUUGCUGGUACCACUACAUCAUUGCAAAUCUGGGCUUUACUGAUGGAGAUCUAUUAAAAAUUCAGUUCGGAGGUGCGAACGUGUCUGGAUUUCAGAUAGUGGAUUAUGAUGAUUCCUUGGUAUCUAAAUUUAUAGAAAGAUGGUCAACAUUGGAAGAAAAAGAAUAUCCUGGAGCACACACGACUACAAUUAAGUACACUUCCGCUCUGACCUAUGAUGCUGUUCAAGUGAUGACAGAAGCUUUCCGAAACCUCCGCAAGCAGAGAAUUGAAAUCUCUCGACGGGGGAAUGCAGGCGACUGUCUGGCAAACCCAGCAGUCCCCUGACAAGGUGUGGAAAUAGAAAGGGCCCUCAAACAGGUUCAGGUUGAAGGUCUCUCAGGAAAUAUAAAAUUUGACCAGAAUGGAAAAAGAAUAAACUAUACAAUUAACAUCAUGGAACUCAAAACUAAUGGGCCCCGGAAGAUUGGCUAUUGGAGCGAAGUAGACAAAAUGGUGGUCACGCUCACUGAACUUCCCUCAGGAAAUGACACCUCUGGGCUGGAGAAUAAGACUGUUGUGGUCACCACAAUUUUGGAAUCACCAUAUGUUAUGAUGAAGAAAAAUCAUGAAAUGCUUGAAGGCAAUGAACGCUAUGAGGGCUACUGUGUUGAUCUGGCUGCAGAAAUUGCCAAACAUUGUGGGUUUAAGUACAAGUUGACAAUUGUUGGGGAUGGCAAGUAUGGGGCCAGGGAUGCAGACACGAAAAUUUGGAAUGGGAUGGUUGGAGAACUUGUAUAUGGGAAAGCUGACAUUGCAAUUGCUCCAUUAACUAUUACCCUUGUGAGAGAAGAGGUGAUUGACUUUUCAAAGCCCUUUAUGAGCCUCGGGAUAUCUAUCAUGAUCAAGAAGCCUCAGAAGUCCAAACCAGGAGUGUUUUCAUUUCUUGAUCCUUUAGCCUAUGAGAUCUGGAUGUGCAUUGUUUUUGCCUACAUUGGGGUCAGUGUAGUUUUAUUCCUGGUCAGCAGAUUUAGCCCCUACGAGUGGCACACUGAGGAAUUUGAAGAUGGAAGAGAAACACAAAGUAGUGAAUCAACUAAUGAAUUUGAUUUUAAUAGUCUCUGGUUUUCCUUGGGUGCCUUUAUGCAGCAAGGAUGCGAUAUUUCGCCAAGAUCCCUCUCUGGGCGCAUUGUUGGAGGUGUGUGGUGGUUCUUUACCCUGAUCAUAAUCUCCUCCUACACGGCUAACUUAGCUGCCUUCCUGACUGUAGAGAGGAUGGUGUCUCCCAUCGAAAGUGCUGAGGAUCUUUCUAAGCAAACAGAAAUUGCUUAUGGAACAUUAGACUCUGGCUCCACUAAAGAGUUUUUCAGGGUAAGAGAUUCUGCUAUGCAGCUUCCUAUUUUUUUUUUUCCUAACAUUUAACUGUUUAAACAUUGC